AUGCCCGUGACCAAACUCCCCUUCCACGCCGACCACAUCGGCUCCCUCAUCCGCCCUGCCUCCGUCUCCGAAGCACAAGACCAAGCCGACGCGGGCCAAAUCUCGCGAGACGAGCUCCACAAGACUCAACAAAGCGCCAUCGCCGACGUGGUGAAGAAGCAACAAGCCCACGGCGUCCGCGCCCUCUGCUCCGGCGAGUUCGACCGCAAAUACUACUUCUCGGGCUUCUUCGAGAAGCUCGAAGGCUUCAAAGAAGUCUCGCCCGUGCCAUGGGAGCUCACGCGCCUGAGCGCAGCCCCGAUUGCGGCUUUGAAGAAGGCCGGCAAGCAAUACCCCAUGGCCGCGGUGUGCACGGGCAAGAUCCGGAAUCCGGGUAGCACGUACCUGGAGAACUGGAAGAUGCUGCGCUCGUGUGUGCCGAAGGAGCAGUGGGGCGAGUGCAAGUUCACGAUGCCGCCGCCGUGUUACUUCCACCUGCGCCUGGGGCCGGGCAAGUGCUUUGACAAGAGCGUGUAUGCGACGGACGAGGCGUUCUUCGAGGACCUGGCGAAGGCGUAUCAGCAGGAGAUUCGGGCGUUGUAUGAUGAGGGGUUGCGGAAUCUGCAGAUUGAUGAUCCGACGUUGGCGUAUUUCUGCUCGGACGAUAUGUUGGAGGGGUUGAAGAAGGAUGGGGAGGAUACGGAUCGCAUGUUCGAGUUGUAUUUGAAGGCGCAUAAUGAUUGUAUUGCUGGACGGCCAGAGGAUAUGCACGUGGGGUUGCAUGUGUGUCGAGGCAACUUCUCCAAGUCGAUGCACUUUAGCGAAGGCUCGUACGAAGCGAUCGCUGAGCGCUUCUUCAAGACGCUGAACUACGAUACCUUCUACAUGGAGUACGACAACCCUAGGUCCGGCGGCUUUGACCCUCUUAGAUACCUACCGCAGCACAAGAACGUUGUGCUAGGCGUGGUCACUACAAAGGACCCGCAGCUAGAGGACGCGGAACUGAUGAAGACCCGUGUAAGAGAAGCGGCGGCCAUUAUCGCAAAGGGUCAAGGCCGGACGGAGAAGGAGGCCAUGGAGAACAUCGGCAUCAGUCCGCAGUGCGGCUUCGCCAGUGUUGCUAUCGGCGCGGAAGGCAUGACCGAGGAGAAGAUGUUCACCAAGUUGAAGUUGGUGCAGGAUGUUGCGAAGGAGCUUUGGCCAGACCGACCAUGA